AUGAGUGAUAUGGAGAUGGAGAGGUACACCAGUCAGCGGUGGCGACCUACAGAAGAUCAGGUCAGAAUGAUGACCAAUAUCUACAACCAUGGGGUCACACAUCCCAGCAGAGCCCAAGUCGUCGAGAUUGCGUCUCGACUGAGGGUUUUUGCAGACGUCAGCGAAUACAACGUCCACUGCUGGUUCAACAACCACAGCAAUCGGAUCAAGCGCUGGCAAGCGGAAAUGGACCCCACCGGCACUCUCUUCUCACAACUGCCGCUAUACAUGUAUGAAUACGACUGGGUGAUCAUGAGGGCGCCGAGGCUGCUGGACUUGUUCCCCGUUCCGAUCAUCAUUGACGACGAUAGGGACGGACGACAAAUCGCUCCACCCAUGCUUCUCACAUUCCGGACCAGAGCUCCCUCGACGGAGCUCUCCCUCAGACCACCGCAACCAGCUCGGGAAUUUUUUCGCUGA